AUGUCAGACGACACCAAGCGGGCGCGCGUCGGCCUGUACAGGUCCCUAAACUUCGCUGGCACCAGUGACUGGGCCAUCGACAUGCAGAUUCUUACCGAGGACGACGGAUGUCCGGCCGGCACGUGUGACCAGCCGGGCGUGCUCUACGUGGGCCCGGUCAUUUACACUGAGAUCAACCCCGUCGUGACGUGCUCACCACCAUGUCAGCUUAUCCUACCACCGUUCAUCCUGCCCACCCCUACUACGUUUGAUUUCCCUCCAUGUGUGGAAAUGAUGUACAGAAAGCUGUCUCCAAGUACAAGCUACUUCAAUCGGCAAGUCUUCUCCCCUGGCCUGGAGACACAUGCUGACAAUGUCACCCAGGCUAUUGAAACCGACUCGGCAAGCGAGUUGGAGGUCGUGGAUUCCAACGCCUCCGACGUCGCAGACGACGAAUUGGACGACAACAGCGCGGAUGAGUCGGACCACGAAAACUCUCCAGUGUGGAACAGUCAGCUUCCUCGCUUCGCAGCGCCUAGUAAACUCGUCAAGGGCGGUGAAGAUGGCUCUAGUGUCUUUGAUCUGCGCAAGCUCAUCGGAGCAGUCCAGGCCGGUGAGACUGCGGAGAACGUCCGUGACUACAUCGGCCACUAUGAUAAAGAUACUCGCCGUGAAAAUCUGAACGCUGUUGUCGAAGGAUAUCCUGCGAUAUUCUACGUGGUCGAGACCAACAAUGUCGAAAUGAUCCGUCAUUGGAUCAAGUACGGCGGCUCACCUAACGCAACAUUCGGAGACGACAGUUUUCCUUUGAUCGCCUAUGCCAUUCUUCGGGGAGCCCGAACCGAAGGGCAAGCCAGCAAUACUCUGAAAACUCUACUGAGAUUGGGAGCCGACCCACGCGUCAUACCUGAGGCCUUCUAUGCGCCGUACUGUCGGGAGUUGCCCAAGGACGGCCCUUGCGAAACUGAACUGCACGACAUCACCCACCGGAACAAGCUUUGGUGUAUACCAUCCGUUCACCCACACUUGGUGCGGUCUCUGAACCUGACACAGAGAUAUGAUCUGCACAGGGCCAGAAUUCCAUUGCCAUCAGCUCGCGAACGAGAUCUUGUGGUUCGACAGGACGCGGAAGAGAUUCUGGGAGUGAAUCAGACAAUCAUUGCCCAGUCGAUUGCCGCACGGUGGCUCAAAAAGAAGAUGCUUGUCAAGCCCCUGGUGCUCGUAUUCGCAGGACCCAGCGGUCAUGGCAAGACCGAGUUAGCCCAAAAGUUCGGUGAGAUGAUGUCUCUGGAAAUGCACAAGGUGGACUGCACCAUAUUCAGCCAAGAAAACGAGCUGUUCGGCCCGCGGAAGCCGUUCCAGGGCUGGGAGGAAGGCUCGCCGCUCAACAGUUUCAUUGCUCAGAAGUCAGGUAGUCGCCAUAUUAUCUUCAUGGACGAGUUUGAAAAGACAAGCGAGGCGAUCCACAACACGCUUCUUCUUCCGUUCCAAGACGGCCAAUACGAGGACCGGCGCAACGGGAAGAUCAUGAGCUGUGCCAAGACGAUCUGGAUCCUAGCAACAAACAAACUAGACGCCUCCAUCCACGAGUUCUGUACGAAGAACGAAGAAGCCCUCUUCCACUCAGGGAAGGAACAGACCCAAGACAAGCUUGUUGAGAAACUGUGCAAGACGCUCCGCAAAGAGUUCAUCGGGCAUUUCAAGGCACCCCUAGCCGGCCGGAUCACCGAGAUCAUCCCCUUCCUCACCUUUGCGCCCGACGAGGCCGCCGUCGUCGCGCACAAAGUCUUUAUGGACUUCGAGUCCGAAGUCGCCAAGUCCGUCGUCCUCAGCGCGAACAAGGACGAUGACCGGUAUAUCGGCAACGUGCGGAUCCAGCUGAAGAACGACGCCACGAUCUUCUCCCGCAUCGCGCAGGAGGACUACAUGAAGAAGCUGGGGGCGCGGAGUAUCGCUAGUGCGGUGGAUAGGACGAUUUGUGACCCUCUCACUACGCUGUACUUGCGGGAGGGUGACGAAGAAUUCCGAGAGGACCAGGACGAGUCUAGUUUUGUGGUUGGUUUGAACGCCGAUACGGACGUGGAGGUUCAGCUCAAGCCUCGGGCCUUUGAUGAAGAGGAAACGUACUAG